GGCCAACUUCAGACAUUCGUAGGCGUGUAAAUAAUACGUGCGAAAGGCGAUGGAAAAGCUGAUUUGACGGGAGAGUUUUGCGAAUCUGCCUGUGGCGAUCCGUUCGAAGGAUUAUCGAACCUGUUCUCGCGGAUUCGUUACGGCCACCGUUUGCUUCUCGAUGACCGUGUGCAUGCACAAUUAAAAAAAUGUGCGUCUGGCCAAUGCUUUUCACCUUCACCCUUGACAACACAUAUGUACAUCCGAAAUGUCAACAUCAGGAGAUAAAGGAAUCCAUUGUUAUCUAAACACAAUGUGCUGUGUGAUAAGAAAAUCCCUCUAUAGAACUUGCUUUGUAUGAAUCAUUUGUAAUAUUGACCAUUACUGGGAAAAUGUAAAGCGGAUUGUGCAAGAGUGAUAAAUAAUCUAUUUUUAUUGUAAAUUGCAACACCAAACAGCAACAAUGGGAUCUAUUGCCUUGGAAGAGUAUGAACUUAUGAAGGACUCUAAAUAUAGAGUUUAUGUGUCCGCCGUUGACAAAGCUCUGAAGAGCUUUGAAUAUACCAGCGAAUGGGCAGAUUUAAUUUCUGCGCUUGGAAAAUUGAACAAAGUAUUGCUAAGUCAUAUGAAGUUUCCAGUUAUUCCUAGAAGAAUUAAAAUAUCUAAAAGAUUGGCGCAAUGUAUGCAUCCUGCUUUGCCCUCGGGUGUUCAUUUAAAAGCUCUAGAAACUUACGACAUUAUUUUCAAAUGUAUGGGCACCAACAGAUUAAGUCAUGAACUGUUCAUAUAUAGCGCCGGUUUAUUUCCACUGUUGGGUCAUGCCGCUAUGAAUGUAAGACCAUCUUUGCUGACAGUGUACGAAACGCACUUUGUGCCUCUUGGAGAGAGAUUACGGCCUGGUCUGAGUGGAUUUUUAAGCGGCGUUCUCCUUGGUCUAGAGGAUGGUUCCGACCACUUUGAUAGAACCAAUUCCUUGCUUGAAAAGGUAUGCGAAGGAGUAGGUCCGGAACAUUUUUAUGCUUGUUUGUGGGAUUGUUUAGCUUCAAAUUCUGGAAUUCGACUACCUGCUAUAUCAUUUGUGUUGGUACAUUUCAAUAAAAAGCUGCCAAUGGAAGAACAAAAGUACAUCAUGGGCACAAACACCAAUAUUAUGGUUACUGCUCUGUGUGCCGGAGUACAAGACAAUUCUGUGUUGGUACAAAGAAGUGCUCUGGAUUUGCUGUUGAUUGGUUUUCCCGUGCAUAAUAGUCAAUUAACGCAUGAACGUAUGGUAUCGCUAGUCACAGCUGCUCUUGUUACUAUAUUAAGAAGAGACAUGAGUUUAAAUAGGCGAUUGUUUGCUUGGCUUUUGGGCACUGAAGUAAGCACAUCUAUUUUAAAGAGAAAGACUGUUACUACGGUCUCUACGGAAACUGCAGAAAAUACACCCACCUAUUUUGACAUGUACUCGAAAGAAAUGUUAGUCGAGGCCAUAAAAUCAUUAUUAAAAUCUGUCUGCGAGGAGAGUCCACAGGAUUUGAAACCAUACAGAAUAUUAGUCUCGUUAUUAGAGAAAGCAGAUAUCGGCCCAGUAAUUCUGGAUGAUAUUUUGUUUGAAGUUUUUAGGACAUUUUAUAAUGCUUGCGGACAGUCGAAUAGAGUACCAAAAACGAACGAAGUAGUGAAAUCAGCAAACUUGUUGUUUUCAACAUUGGAACCGUCUUACGUUUGGAUACAUUGUGGAUAUUUGUUUGAACAAGCUUGCCGAGCUAGGACAAACUCUAAAUGCGAGCCAGAAGACGUUGCAGUAAAGCCUGUGGGUACUGGAAUGCCAAAUUUUAUGGAAAUAUGUAUAUUAACGGAAUUCCUACUCGAAACAGUGUCGUUGGAUGCAUUUAUAGAUACCCCCUCAGAGCACUUGCCUGGUCUUUUUUAUGAAAUCAUCAGUAAGCUCAUGUAUCACAUUGAUCUUUUGUCUCCUAUGGAGAUUUCAAGGAGUCUUAGAUUGUGCGCAAAAAUUUUAUCGAAAGUUCAACCGACGGUGGUAUCAACUCAUACGGAGAAAAACGAGUUAGAAACGAAAUUAGACGUAACCCCGAACGUUAAUACCGCUACAUCGCUCUGUGACAAUUCCUUAACCGCAAUACCUUUAGAAAAGAGUCAGUCGGAUAGUAAACUAAAUAAACCGGACACAUCUAGUGGUUCGUUUUCCGAGAAAAGUCCUAGUCCAAGGAGAAGAGCAAACUCGGGAGGUGCCGCUAAAAGAUCGGAGAAAAAAUCGAAAAAGAAAUCUAGCAAGAGUACCUCAAAAUUGACCGAAUCUGUUCAAGAUAACAGCGUUAAUACUUCGGUAGUAGUGAGCCAAGAAUCUAAAAGCUUACCGCGAAAUAAAAGUAUGGACGACAUAAAGACCGGAUACAUAGAGGCGAAUAAUAUUACUUCUCCAACCAAGGAUCAGUUGACUACGUUAAAGCAGUCGAGUAAAAAUAGCACUAUGGGUUCCACAGGGUCCUUAGGCAGGGGUCCGUCCCCGGCGUUUCAAGCACAACACACAAUGUUAGAAAAAUGUUUAAGACAGUACGAGACUUUUUACGUUAAACUAAUUAGUAAUAGAGUGCUGAGUAAAGAAAGAACGUUACAGGAUAUGUAUGAUAAUUUACUGAUACUACUACCAAGGGAGAGCGUUGACGAAAGAAUGCGUUAUUUAGAGCUUCUAUUAAACUCUAGAUUAUCUAUGGAAGAUUCCGGGUUCUUCGGUCAAGACGUGUCUGUGAUAGAAGACUCGAAGCGUUUAGAUAUUCUUCAUCUGUACGUUGAUUCUGUCUCGCAAACAGAAUGGGAGGAACCCGUACGAAUCGCAUCAAGUUUAUUCGUCGAACUAUCCACUUUCCCCAAGUAUUUUCAUUUUGGUGAUGGAUUGCUAGUAGAAGAAGAACCGAAAGGAAACAUUGUUUUGCCGGAUUGGUUGAAAGUAUUGGUGGUCUGUAGUUGCUGGUUGGGAAAGCAACCAGCUCUGCAAUUGACCAGUAUUGCCACGUUGCUGGAUUUAAUAGCAUUACUGAAAGCUCACAACGAUAUCGAAACUCAGCCAAAGAGCGGGGAAGGAGUUACGGCUGUAAUCAUGGUACCUCUACUGAAGCAAUGGCAUAUUACUUACUUGAUGCAAUAUACCAACGUGUUUCAGGUACUGGCACAUUCCCUGUGGCACCACCUCGGUGAAUUGCCCGUUCACAAAUAUAGAAUGCGAUGCGUUGAACUGUUACACGAAUUGCAUCACGCGUUGUACAAUUCUUGCGACGCGGUCGAGGAUGUGGUAGGGGCAGCGCUGACGGCAGAAAACAUAGAAAAGAGGAUAGAAGCGUUCAACAGAUUCGCCACUUUGUGGCACCUUGGUCGAGAAAUUGAGACAAAUCCCAGACUACGUGGCUGUAUGAGAUCGUUCGAUCAGUCAUUGUUAAAGAUACUAGAUAAUCUACAACUCGCAGAUAAUUCUCCUUUGAAGCUUCACGCCCAAUCGUGGCUUCUGCAUUCUUUAAUGCGGGGAGACAUUUCGCGGAUAGUGGAUCCGUUACUGAUAAUACUUUUAGAUCCAUCUACUUGUCGUAUGAGCGUGCUUCAUGUCAGUAUACAACACAGUAAUACUGUUCUGACGAAGAACGACCCUAUCGAGGAGAAAUCUGAGAUACAAGAUGAUACGGAAGGCGCGGCAAAAAUUUAUGCGAUCAGCUCGGUCGAUGGGAAUGUGAUAUAUCACGUCAGCGAUAGCGUGGAUGAAGAUAAAAAAUGGAGGAAGGGUAAAAAAAAGAAAAAAGCCAUAAACCCCGUAAAAGUGAAGAGAAUAUUUGCCGUGACUACGCUAGCUGCCGGUGAGAAUUGCAAUCAGUACGUGACCGAAAGGAAUCAGUUCAUGAAGGAACUUGAAGUUCCGGCCAGCAUAUCCGGUAACCGGAAGAUAUCCGUGUUCGUUAAUCCCUUAUCGUUAAAUUCCAACGAAAAUUCCAACGAUUCGUUGACGGAAGACGAGUUGUUGUUGCCCAGCACGAAGAAGGCAAACCUAACGACAGAGUUAUUGAAAAACGCGACCAGAUUCAAGAAGAUAGAUUUCGACAAAGGUUCGACCGCUAGCUUGGACGAGAGCCUCUUCGAAUCUACCAACUCCAGCUUGAAAGCCAAGGACAAGAACGGAUUUAAAAAGUUGAACGGUGAAGUUAAUUCAUCGUUGGACUCUAUCACCAACAGCUUUGAUUCUAGCAGUCCCGAGAUCACUAAUAAACAAGCGAAACCGAAGAAAGACUCUGUUAUAAUGCCAGGCAGUUCUAGAGAAAUAGCAGGCACUAUCAUAAAGGGUAAAUAUCAUAGUACAAACGAGUUCACGACAAAUUACGAUGUUCAUGAGGUUGGAAGCUUCGAGGCAAACGUCGAAGUACCUAGCUGGACGAUGAACGACGAAGAAGGUGACUUGGACACCAGCACAACCGCGGAAGAAUACUUCAGUAAUUCGAGCAGCAGCACCAUGGUUGAGGAAAUUCUAAACGAAGUGCUCGAUCAAGUGAUGCAAUUGUGCGAUGUCCCUGAAACGUCUAAAAACACCGACGAGUCCGCGUAUCAGAACUCAAAAACGAAUCGUAACUAUGGAGUUGGCGUACAUAAUCUUCAUUCGCAUAUGCUACUUUAUUGCGGAGUUUACGACUCAACCAGAACAUUGUACGCGUUGCGGACUCUUCGCAACGAGCUCUUGACCAACACCAGAAUGUACUUGUUUUGUGCUGCAACAACCGGUGUAACCAAUGCGACCAAAAACACAACAUUGUUAAAUUUGUUAGCCAGACACCGAAAGAGUGUAUUUGGAAGAAACUUUCAUGGGGAUAUAGUGAACACGGAAUUCAUAGCUGCUUAUAGAAGCAGCAUGUAUUUAGAAGUUUUAAUUAGCGUGUGCCUUUAUUUUGCGAGAAGUUACUAUCCCAAUUUGGGACAGAUGAGACUCACGCACGAAGAAAUUUCAGGGAACCGACAGGUGCAACUAGCGAGUGCAGAAUUAUUAACGUUAAUAUUCUCCGAGUUAAUUCCUAUCGUUCGCGACUCUGGAAAGGGUUUCAGUUGUUACAUAGUUGAUCUACUUACAAAAUGUAAAGUACAAAAAGUUGCGCUCCACUGUCUUGUGUCUAGCGUGAUGAACAUGAAAAAUGCGCAUAAGGAAAACGAGGAAGUGGUUACGUUUACCGAGGAAAUAAUUUCGUUUAACGAUCCAAUCACAGACACCGAUCUAAAUAAAUGCAAAUAUAGGGCGAGCGACCACACGGAGGCUUUCCAAAUACAAUUACUGAGAUUACUGUUGGCUUUGAUCAUGUUGGAACAUCAAUGCGGUAAUCAGAAAGGUGAAGAAAUAUGCCCACCAACCGUGAUAACCUCGAAUACUCCGACAAAAUCUAUUCCCAAUAUCAUGGGAAGUAGCUUAAAAUAUAUACCCGGUGCGCCGAUUCCACAACAACCGAUGUUCCUUGCUAGUAUACUUAGCGCUUUACAAUUGGACCAUAUGAGACACUUGCAUCAAUUUUGGACGACUCUUGUUACGUCGAGUCUUCCAUUCAUGGGAUCUUCUUUAACGGGAAUAGUAACAUCGGUUAUUCACCAAUUGUGUUGCAACAUCGAGCAUUUAGCUUCGUAUUACAUCGCCGAAGAAACAGCUGCUACAAAGUUGCAAGACACAAGCACCACUGUCGAGUGUUGCCUUCCAGCGGACUACACAGUCACGCACCUAGAGGCUUUAACGUUUUUACUUCAUUACUGCUUAUUGGACACGUCACAGCAAAUCGGCUUUUCAUUUAAUCAGCCAUUAAGCGGUACAAUUCAGACUGGAAUACCUGGGGCAAAUCCAGGUCAGAUAUUCAAUAAUCUGAUUCACGUGUUCAUGCCGAGUCCGCUUUCCCCAGAUCUUACUGCGUCCAAGGAUAAGAACGGCACAAACGAACUGCAGCAACAUGCUAGAAGAACCGCUUUAAGUCACCUGCCACGCAUAAUCGCAUCCCUCUCCACUCUUUGGCAAGCAGUGUUAGCAACGAAAGACAAUGAACAGGCCAGCUGUGUAGUGGGUAGUCCGAGAAUAGUAAAGCAUCAACUUUUAGAACUCUUAUCGCCUAUAUCUUUCCAUCAUGGAGUGAACUUUUUGGCCGCCAUUGCUGUUGCUUGGCACGAAAGACGACAACCCUCUGGCAAUUCGAAAAAGGUACUGCCAGAAGCUUGUCCAAAUCAGCAAGUUAUGGUUCACUUGGUAAGCGCGAUCCGCGUGAUGCCUAUCGAUACCUUGGUUCAAACUGUGCAUCAAGUUGUUAAGACUCCACCUCCUAUUCAUGGCGUGAAGCAGGACUUUUCGUUGGAAGUUUCCGUGUUAGAAUUACUUUAUGUAUAUAUGCAGAGUAACACUUCUCAGUCCCUUAUCGAAUCUUGGGCAUCUUUGCUGGGUUUGCUUAAAGACGGCCUAUCCUUAACGGCUCCUGCUCAAUUUCUUUUGUUGGCAAUUUUAAACGAGUACGUGCAGAAAUGUCCUCCUAUGCAGGAGAAGAAAGAUAUACGGGAUUUACAAGACGUGUCGGCAAAGUUGGUUGAAUUAUGCUCGCAAAUAGCAGGAGCAUGUUUAGAACAAACCACGUGGUUAAGAAGAAACUUGGCAGUAAGGGAAGACGCCUUCGAGGUCACUGAAGGAUCUUCGGAAGGUAAAGAAGGGAAAAGCGGUACUGUAACACCUGGCACACCGCCUAACGCAGCGUUUAGCGUUCAAGCUCAAGCAGUUUUGGCAGAAAUAUUAGCACCCUUGUUAGAUGUUAGUUACGGUUCUCAAGAAAAGGAACGCGUAGUAACAUUAUUAACCAAUCUUAUGUAUAAUGUUACGCCGUAUCUUAAAAAUCACUCGACAAAAAACAUUGCCUCGUUCACGGCCUGUUCUCAGCUACUGAGUUCCUUAUCCGGCUACCAGUACACGAGAAAAGCAUGGCGUAAAGAUGUACUGGAUCUUCUACUAGAUUCUGCCUUCUUUCAAAUGACGCCGGCAUGUUUACCUUAUUGGCGGACUAUUAUAGAUAAUUUAAUGACACAUGACAAUACAACCUUCCGGGAUUUAAUGAAUCGUGUUUCCAUGGCUCAAAGUAGCGGUAUCAGUAUAUUCUCUUCGAAGGAGCAGGAGUACGAACAAAAGGCUCAACUUUUGAAAAGGCUGGCGUACGUAAUACUUUGCAGCGAAAUGGAUCAGUAUCACAAGUACAUGCCUGAAAUUCAAGAACGACUAGCGGACAGUCUGCGUUUACCGCAAGUGAUACCCUCAAUUCAGGCACAAGUCUUUCUUUGUUUUCGAGUACUGCUUCUAAGAAUGUCACCGCAACACGCUACUUCCUUGUGGCCGGUAAUAGUCAGCGAGCUUGUUCAAGUCUUCCUAUAUAUUGAACAAGAAUUGAACGCGGACAGCGAUGAAUUUAGUCGUCACGGCAGUUCGCACAUAAAACUGCUCUCAGCUUUGGAUUCUUCAUGGGCUGUAAACGCCAGUAACGGACUUCAGGCACAUGGCCAUCCGCAUUGGUUGCAAUUGCAACUUGCUGCUGCUAAAUUGCUGGAUCUAGCAUUACUUUUGCCUGCACAUAGGCUUCCCCAAUUUCAAAUGUAUAGGUGGGCAUUUGUAGGUGAUUCGGCAGCAGGAUCUUCGGAAAACAAUAAUCUAUCUUCUGAUUUUGUACCGCAUAUUACGAGAAUAGCAAAAUUAAUGGACAGCAAGUACAAACAAGAUCAGAGUUUUGUGAAAGCAGCGCCCGGUGAACUUCUUUUAACAUCAAACAACAUUCGUUCGUUGCAAGAUCUGCAUUAUUUUUUUACGGCGCUUAGCCGCAGAUCAAGCGACACACAAGCGCCGUUGAAUAUCACACAGUUGGAUACAGUGAUCGAACAAGAUUUCCUUGAGAAGAUGCCAGCUGCAAGGUAGUAGGAAUACAUACCCGCAACAUAGACGAGACGAACGACUCUUAAACAAUAAAGGUGGAAAAAGCAUCCAGACACCUUUUAUUCUUUGAUAUCUUUUUAAAAUACACGAAUGCGAGCUGUUAAACCACACGUACGAUCAACUGAAAAGACAUAAUCCCGUUGAAAAGAAUACUAGAUUCUUGUUCAAUCCUAUGUGGUUUUAUCAUAAACUUGUACAUCGCAAAUCGAGUAAUGUAAAGGAUAUGUAACAUAUACCUAGUAAUAUUCGAAUGAAAUAUUUCAUUUUUAUUAGCUAAGCUUUAAACUUGUCUCCUCAUUCGGUUGUGAAUAGUUAUCAACAUAUACAAUAUGUCAGGCUAGCCUGAUUUAAUUAUACAUAUAUCUGUAGAAAAUAUGUACAGUGUAACAUAUUUUAUCGAAACUGUUAUUUUUUCAACUAUUUUGAAAGUUAUCUGUUCCAUGUUUAUCGUAUGCAUCCCUCUUUUCUGGUAUCGUGGAAUUUUAGAGGAACAGUGAUGGAGUGAUAAUAGAAGAAAGCGAAAUUUUAUUUUUAUUUUUAUUUUUCAAUUUACACGUAAAUUCGUAAAGAGUGUAAUACAAGUGUGUCCAACGAGAAACUAUUAAAUCUAUUAUACAUAUACAUAUACGAAGGAUCGAUCGUACAAUAAUGCGUCUAUAUUGAUAAAUCUUAACAUUUUUUGUUACGUUUUUGUAAUUGAAAUGUUAACUAGACGUCAGUACGUAAAUGGAGUGAUUUUUAAAGUGCAAAGAUUGAAAGAUAUCGACUACCGUACUUGGAAACGUUAAUUAGAUCCAGAAAUUUAACGUUCUAUAUGAACAAAUAGAGGAAGAGAAUAUGCGUUUCUACGCAUAUCGCAUGUGCGAAUAUUAUAUUACUUAUUUCUUGGAAUAUUUUCUUGUGUCUUUUUUUCUCAAAUCUUCAAAACAAAUCUUGUUUUUUUUAGAACUCAUUGUAUUUCCACGUUCUGUUAAAUGUUCAAUUUACCAGUAUUAUUUACUGUACACGCUCGAUAUACGUAUGUAUAAUUAAUGGAAAUCUAGAUUUAUUGGUAUCCAACGAGAACAUUUAUCAAUACUAUAAUUUUUGCACAUGUGAUUUGUUAACUCAUAUGUAACUAAGAGAAAAUCAACAAAAAGGAACUUGUUGUGAAAUUAUUUUUCUAUAUGUGAUCGCUAUAGAUUCCGGAAGCAUGCAAAUUCAUAAACGAUUUAUAAAGCAUGAACUGAUUUAUGAAGUACUUAUCGCUAGAAUUGCCAUUUUGAUUUUAUCAUGUAUAUGCUGUGUAACUGCUAAUAUAUUAUCACCGCCUUCUAUCGCUGUUUUACAUUUGCUAGAUGUAAAACAAAUCAACUGGAUGCGUAUACACAAGCAUUAUUGUACACCCUAUGCAAUUAAAGAAUUAAAUAAAAAAACAAAGAUACAUCUAUGCGAACAAGUAUUAUCGGAUUUUAUAGUUAAUACUUGUUAAGCAAGUACUGGCAGCAUUUGUUACUUUUUUUUAAAAAGCUCUUGUAUACUGAUUGGUUAUAUAGUGUACACUGUACACCGUGUGAAUACCUACUAAUUAGGAUGAUAUGCAUUUGUUAUAUACAUAUACGAGGUGUAACUAAAAAAAUCAACUUUUUAACAUAAUAUUUCAUUAAAAAUAUUGCGUUAAAUAAACAUAUUUACGUAUUAAUUUUCAUGUUGUUCGCAAUUCUUAAUACUAUUUUAACAUUGAUAAGCGAUCCAUUGAGCGCGGAGUAAAACACGUUUCGUGAGGCUUUUAAUGCAUUUCUUAUAAAAGCAUGUUCCAUUUUUUGAGUGACAUGGAGUUGCGCGGUCAAACUACCUUUGACAGAAUAUUUAAAAUCGCUCAAUAAAAUGGUGCAUCAAGCUUUUACUACAUCCUGUAUAUAAUUUUAAGAUAAAGCAUUAGCAAACACAUUCUGUUAACUUAUUAUCUAAUGUAACAUUUUCGUAUGGAACAAGAGAAAUAAUUCGUUAUAUUAAGACCUUAGCUUUUUGUUGAUAAUUAAUAAUAAUUUCCAUA